AUGACAACGUCUAUCGAUACUAUUAGUUUAAAAAAUAAGCUCAAGGAUGCAGUGGAAAUCCCCCUGCUGACGAGAUGCUGCUUCUGUUUUCCUUUACGAAAGGGCUUGAUAGCCUUUGCUUAUGUCAACUUGACUUUAACGGUGAUAGUGACAUGUUUCCUAUCGCUGUACAUAUCAUACAUCCGCAACGCUUCGGAGGUGGAGCAGCUAACGCUAGCGUCAGAGUACGCGAGACUCAUCACAGAUGUAGUAGCCUUGUUGAUAGAGCUCCUCAUGGCGGUCACUUUCAUCAUCGCUUUACACAGGAAACACGUGCUGCUGAUGAAGGUGUACCUGUAUUUUGAGAUCGUGUAUUCAAUAUUCGGCUUCGUGUACAGUAUAGCCUUCCUCACCAAGGAGACGGCCAGCGAACUCUUCCUGGAGCUGUUCCAACUAAUGCUCCAAGUGUACCUGGUGAUCCUAAUCAGGAGUUCAAUAGUGAAGAUGGAGAGAGACGGCUCAGUGAAAUACUCACGGGAAUCAGACCACGCCUAG